AAUGGCACUAAAAAGUUGUGUUUUAAUUUGUAGUUGUUGUUUCGUGGCAAUCAAUUCUAUAAUUGUUUAAGUCUGCAAACUAUAUUUAUCUUUAAAUAUGCACGAGCUGCCCAAGCAGUCACUUGCGCUUACCAGCGGCUCGACAAGCACUGCGGAAAAGCUGUGCUUUGAUAAAAAUGAAUUUAUGAAGGCCAACUUUUCGGUGGAUGAAUUCCUGCACAAAAAUCGGAAUGCACCCAGUUUGGAGCAACUGCGGGACAACCUGGGCCUGUACUUAAAGGGUUUAAGGGCAGCAAUGAUCGAUCUGAUCAACGAGGACUAUGCAGACUUUGUGAAUUUGAGUGCCAAUCUUGUGGGUCUCGACCAAUCUAUUGAGAUCAUUCAGCGCCCCUUGGAGCAGUUUCGCAAUGAGAUCGAAAGCAUACACAAUCUGAUCGAUGAGAAUGUAAGCCAGCUGCGGGCUCAGCUGGAGGAGAAGCGUCAGCUGCGAGAGUUUAAGCGUAGUCUGCAAAGCCUUAAGACCGUGUACGAAACCACAAAGAAAUUGCAGGAUCUAAUGGACCGUAAAUUGAGUGGCGAACAUCCUGGCCAGGCUGUCGACUUGGAACGUGCCGCUUUGGAUCUUAUACAAUUGCAGUUCCAUGAGAAGCACUGCGAUCGGCACUUGAAAGCCGACCAACAGGCCCAAAUUCGGCAACUGGAGGAACAACUGCAUCAACAAUUGCGCCUAUUUUUCAAUGAUGCUUUGCAACAGACUCGCAGCUCGCAGAAUUCGGAGGCUCUGGAACGAUGCCUAAGGAUUUACAUUACCUUAGAUGCUUGCAGCCGGGCGGAAAAGGUCUUUCUGGAUGAUGUAGUUGCUCCUUACAUGAGCGGCAUCAUCAGUGAACAGCAGUUGCAGAAUUCUCCACAAGGUCUGGCUGGCAUUUACAGCAAGAUUCUAAACUUCAUAUCCCUGCAUAUGACGGAUCUGCUACGCCUUACCCUCUAUUCGGAUAAAUUGCAGGGCUUUAAUUUUGUGGUCCACAGCUUUUGGUCCGAUGUCGAGAUGCGUCUGGAGCUGCAUAUGAACUCCAUUUUUGCUCCAGGCAAUUCGGAAGUCUUCUAUGUGAAAUACAAAUGUACGCGCGAUUUUCUGGCGAAGAUUGAGGAGUUGCUUACAAGCAGUGGCGAGCACGCAGUGUCCCUUUAUCGCCACCACAAGCAGACCAAGAGUUUCGAGGCCCGCUGGAAUCUUCCAGUAUAUUUCCAAAUAUGCUUUCAGGAAAUUGCCGGAAAUUUCGAGGCGAAACUUGAGCCUCUGCUGCAGGAUGAAACCCUUGAGCAUGCCAAUCCCUGCGGCUAUCAAUUGAAGCCCUUCAAUGCAGCCUAUUCCGCACUGACCCGAUGCUGGUCCGAAGGUGUUUACUUGCCUGAGCUUCUACCAAAAUUCUAUAAGCUAAAUGUGCAAAUUGUCUUGCGACUCUGCCGCUGGAUCAGCGAUACCAUUCAGGCCUCCAAGAGGAGUGACUUUGCCAGGCCAUAUACACAGCAUCAACUGUUGAUUGCCCUCCACAGUGAUAUCCGUAAAUUGGACGGAUACUUGCCAGAGUUGCAGCAACUAAUUAUUCAAUCGGUUCCCAGUGAGAAGCGCACUAAAGUGUUCAAAGAUGUCUUGGCCAAAACUCUGCUCACUCUUGCUGAUGCAUUGGGCGCCCACCUGGCCACCAUCCAGGAUACACUUGUCCAGUUGCUGAUCAACGAAUGCGGGUCUGAGAACGUCCGACAAGUGAACGAUUUGCCGCGUCUAUAUAGAAAGACUAACCGUGAAGUGCCCACUCGCUGCUCUGGCUAUGUAGAGCAAAUGCUGCGACCUCUAAAAACCUUUGCCAAACAGCAUGAAACACAAUUGGGCACUCUCGUUGUGGAGCACAUCCUGGCCGAAGUGGCCAGUAAUAUAACCAAAGCUUACUUUAAUGUCGUGAGCGAGGUUCUCACAUCGGUGCAAAAGACUGAGGAAUCAUUGCGUCGACUGCGAAAUCUCAAGAGUGGCGGAGCAGCCGCAGCGCAAACCAAUAACUCCUCUGCAAUUUCUGAUGAUGACAAAAUACGUAUGCAAUUGCGUGUGGAUGUAACCACUUGGAGGCAAGAGCUUAGCCAGUUCAAUUUCCAGCCUAAUCAAAUCGAAAAACUCCAGGAGCUGUCCAACACGGUGGAGGAGAGUCUUAAGCCAAAGGACUAAACUAACGUCUAACGUAAUAUAAUCCACUUUAUUGUUGUUAAACGAUUUCUAGGCACAAUUUUAAAGUUUUUUGAUUUAAGACUACCAAUUGUAUAUAAAAGAUAUAUACCACAUAUAUAAAUGUAAAUAAUUAUGUAUAUCGGAUAAUAAAUGCAUCAAAUUUCA